AUGUCCACGCCCCCGAAGGAAUUUCCGAAGGAACAAUCCGAUGAGAAAGAGCAGGAUCCCCCUCCGGAUCCGGCAGGUUCGGAGUCCCCUGAAGCAGAAGCAGAUGAAGAGGAAGAAGAAGGAGAGUGCGGGUUCUGCCUCUUCAUGAAAGGGGGCGGGUGCCGCGAUGCCUUCAUCGGUUGGGAGAAGUGCGUCCAAGAAGCCGAGACCAACAACGAGGACCUCCUCGAGAAGUGCGCCCACGUCACCGCCGCGUUGAAGCAGUGUAUGGACGCCCACUCCGACUACUACGAGCCCAUCCUCCGCGCCGAGAAGCUCGCCGAGGAGCAGGCCGUCGUUGAAUUGGAAAAGGAGAAGCAAAAUUCCCAGCAACCCCCUUCUACCCAAGAUCAAAAGACCGACAAUGUGGUCGAGGAAGUAGCUACCAUUGAACUGGUGAAGGAAAAGCAAUAUUUGUCGCCUAAUGAGUCCCAACCCCCUUCUCCUUCUAGUCAAGACCCAAAUUUUAUUGCAAUCACUGAUGUGGGAAAUUGUGGUUGUAUUGACUGCAAAAGUCUUAACGUCGCAGCUGAAAUUGCAGUUGUGGACUAG